AGCGCGUAGUUCAGGAGGUCGACCCCGCUAGUGCCAGACUGGAGAACUCGCGCCGGCAAGCACGCUUAUUAUUAUCAGUUCUGAUGUUGUUCUUUUGAUAAAAAAGAUGCAGGUCGAAGGUCAAUCUAAUGACAGUUAGCAGAAAAUAAGAAAAGUUUUUUUUAACCGUUCAUUUGUUAUGUAAAUCAGAACAGUAUAAAAACGUCACGACCAGAGAGUUUGUGGCAUCAAUCGACACUAAUUGUAAGCUAUACAAUAUAAAUCAUCCAGUAAAUACAAUUUUCUAAGCUGAUUAUAAAAAAUUUAAGAAAUACAUUGCAUAUAAUUCAUUAUAAUAUAAAAUCAACAUUUGAUAAUAGUAUAAGAUUUCUUAAUUUAAAAAAAGAAGUUUAAAUGAAAUAAUUUAUAUUGAUUAUGAUUUCGGCCUCAUUUAUUAAUUGGAAAAAAUUGUUAAAUAGGAUUUUGUAAAAAAGUUUAACGAAUGAAUUUUUUUUCUUUUUAAAUGAGCAAUAACAAAAAUGCAUCAAGCUUCUAAAUUCAAAAUUUGUGCCGAUGAAAACCAGAGUUUAGGUUCACUUAAGCGGACGUUCGAUCCAUUAAACACACAACUUGCAAUGGGUAUGCAACUUGUACAACACGCUUGAGCUCCUUGCUGCAUACGCAAAAUUAAAUGAUUAUGUUAUUACAUUUUUUUGUUAUUGAUUUUCAUCAAUUGGAAACUUAGUUUGUCAAAAAUAUUUAUUAAUUAAAUUCAAACGCACCUAAAGGAAGAUUAGAAAAUCCAUAACUAUAAUUCUUCUUACAAAAAACGCAGUAUAUGACAACAUUGUAGCGGUCAAGUAAUAAACAUAUAUUCUCAGAGACAUGUUUUCAUUGAUAACCGGAAGUUCUUUGCAAAAUAAAAGCAGACACGAAAAUAAAAAUAUUCAAAUAAUAAAACAAUUAAAAUUAAUAAAUAAAAAUCGAUUUUAUAACUAAAUUUAAAGUUUAAUGAGAAAAUUUUAAUAAAUUUAUUAAAAAAGUAGGAUAAAUUUAAAUUUUAAAUAAAAUUAUUAUUUCUGUUUUGAACUUCAGCUAAAGAAAGCAAAAAAUAACACCCUCAAAAUCGAUAUCACCUUCUCAGUAAAGAUCUCCAAAAAUUUAAUCAUCUCACCAAAUAGUCUUAUCAGGGAGAAAAAGAUCAAAAUAAAUAAGGGUGGCCUAGACCCGAGGGUGGCACUUGGCGAUAAGGCGAAGGCGCAUCUAGUGGCAGAUAGACAAUCAACAUCUUUUUUUUCUUGCUCGGCCGUUUACUCAAUUUAGUGCGACCGCUUAAUUAAUGGAGGGGAUCCGAGGCGGCAGUGGCGGCGGCGGGCGCAUCGCAAUGAGCGAGCCAGAGUGCAGAACGCGAGAGCAGUGAUGGGCAGAGGAGCGUAGAUAAAAAACCGAGCAGAUCUAUGCGCGAUGAAAAGCUGCUGGCCCGGUGAGAUGUGGCCCAGCGCCGUGCUCGACGUGCUCUUCUCGUGUCUGGUGGUGGGACCGGCCGUCGUCGGCUACUGGCGGGGCACGUGGGCCCUUGCCGAGCACUACAUUGUGCCCCAGGACCCGACGCUGAGCGCAUGGAUCUCGUUAUGCAUCGGGUGCGUGUCGCACCUGGUGUUCAACUUCGUGCAGGGGCCCUUGCAGCGCCACGUGGCCAAGUGGAAUUGCGUCGCGUGGCUGCUGGUGUCGCGCCUCUACACGGCCUUCUUCAGCUUCGCGUGCGUCAACUGCUGGCGCGGCGUGUGGCAGACGCUGGAGCACUACACGGGCAGCGACCUCAGCGCCCUGAUGGUCACCACCACGGCCGCCAUCAUCGCGCUCGCCGUCAUGCGGACGCUGCGUAACAUCGCCGCGCCGCCCUUCGCCAUCGUUAUCGACGCAAGACCUGGAUACUUCCAGUUCCCGACCAUGUUCAGGGUGUCGCCUGGAUCUAAGGACCCAGCCCUACACACGUUAGAUUGCGUCUUUUCUGUUUUCGUCAUUGGGUCACUAGUGGUUAUUGUGUGGAGAGGCACGUGGGGCAUCCUCGACAUCAUUUUGAUGCCCGAAGAUCCCAACACUUCCGCCUGGCUCUCACUGGCGAUCGGGUACGGCGUGACCGUUGUGGGCUUUGCCUUGCAAGUUCCGGCAAGGAUAGCGUGCGACAAACUUUCAGGAGGACCACGUCUCAUCGUGGCCGAUCUUUACCAAUUUCUCUGUUUUUGCGGUACAGUCAACUUGUGGAGAGGGAUUUGGAACCUGCUCGACAUCUACCUUUUGCCAGAGACGCCGCUCGUGAGCUUUUGGGUGACCCACUGGGUGUGUCUAAUUGUGCUCAUGAUUUUGAAUUGCGGCAACUCUUUGCUGGUGCGGGGCGUUUACAUUGAUGGCGAAGAGGAGGGUGGCCAGUGCGUUGUCUUCCAGGUCAACUACCUCAGAUACCAUUACAAAGAAAAGAGGAAACGACAGGCGGCUGCACAAGUUCAAGGCCACUCGGGUCACUCGGGAACAGAGAAGCGCAAGGAUAUGGAUGUGCGGGGGCCACCAGGCGCUGGUCCGGGGCUCGAGAAUCACCACGUACAUGUGCCCUUGAUGACUCACACGCUCCGGGACACGAUACUGUGAGAGUUUCAAACCAAGAGACAGUGAGACUGCCCAAGAGAACGCGCGGUGAUUUCUUUCGGAAGCACCGGCGGCAUCCGAAGUAGAAAAAAGAACGUUUCGCGCUCGGGUGCAAAUCUAUUGACGUAUACGCGCACGCAAUAAUCUCUCACUCAGGAGCAUUUUGGGUGCAUUAUCAAACGAAGUUGCAUUUUUUUCAUAGUGGAAUAGUUAUUUCGGUUGGCCCUAGUCUCGCAGCAAAAUCAUCAUCGAGUUCAGAGAAUGCGAGUGAUUUUGUGGUUACUUUUAUCAUUGCUGAAGAUUUAUCACGUGUGUGUUCACGAGCUGGCCUUCGUAAUUUAAGAGAAAAAUCAUCCAUUUCCAUUUCUUGUGGCGCAAAAGUCGGAAAUGGAAAACGAAUCGUUGCAAGUUUAAAAGAAAAUACGCGCCUGCAACUUUUACACAUUUUAACUUAAUUAUUUUAUGUUUACACGUGCCAUUUAAAUAAAAUUGUUAAAUU